UUCAAUUCUCAUAUUUCGUCCGAACAUAAUUUUGAUGGCUUCCUAUUAGUAGAGAAGAAAAGCAUUAUGUACUUCCAAUCUCGGCUUCUCAUCGAAUUUCAUUUAACCGUCUGUUGGCAAAUACCAUUUACUUAUAAUACUUGACUCAAUAACACAACGUUCUUUCUUGGUCAUUUCAUUGUCGACUCUGCCCUCUCAUAAAUGUACCAAUUGCGAAAAGUUGAACUUUAAUAAAUUAACAAAGCGCAGGAUCACAAGAUUUGUUAAAUAAAGCAAGAAUACUCUCCACAUACAUACUCCUCACGUUUGACGUUAAUUCUCAAAUCAUUAUUUAGUUAGGUUCAAAUAUCGAAACAUACAUAUGUACAAGCUAAUCGUAAGUGAUUUUGCUACAGCAAGAAAUGCUAAUAAGUCAUUUUUCUUUGUAAUUGAUUAAUUGAACUCUGCGAUACAACACUUUAGUCGUGAUAAGUAAUAAACGUCAUUACUAAUAACUAAUAAUAAUGACACCCACUGGCUUUACUUUCACAAGAGGUAUGUGCGUACUUUCAUGUUAGCAUUUCAUUCAUGCUAUAUUUCUAACUAAUUUAAAUCUUUUUUUGACGAUUGAACCUGUUCAAAUCCCCCCGUAAAAAUAAUUUUAUUGUCCAUAAUUGCAUUUCAUUUGCAGAUUUCCAAGAAAUGGCUCAUCAAGUCGAAGAGGAAGCUCAUGAUGAAUUUUGGAAUAUUGACGCUGCUUGGACCGAACUUGUCAAUUCAAUCGAAAAUGCAAAGCGGUUCGUUGAGGCAUUCAACUCCAAAAGUGCAAAUGAGUACACAAGAUAUUUAAAAGGCAAUUUCGACGAAGAUCUCCUCCUUACAAUUCCCGUCGUCAAUAAUUCCAUCGAUUUGGACACUAUUUGCCUUAAGAUUACAGAAAAUUAUGGACAGGUUCUGCCCCACGGAGAAGGAUCUCAACUACGCGUCACCUCAAUUGAUUGUAACAUUUUAAAAAAUAUUGACAACUAUUUGCUACCAAUGUAUGUUAUCAAAGAGCCUGCUACCCCACUUGAAAGCGAUAUUUGUGGAGAGUGCAAAUGUCAACUGUCCAAGAAGGAAUACAACAUCAAUUGCGUUUCUUGUGGGGUCAAUCUGUGCGACCUUUGUACCAAUCACAAACAGGUCCUGGAAUUGGGAAGCAACUCUAAGCAACCCUUGUGCUACAACUGCUCCGAAAAAUCUAUUGAGUCCAACGCCGUGAUGUGGAUUAAGCGUGCACAGUUUGCUUUGAACUCUGCAGAGAAUUCAGCCGCCAGACUAUUUCUUGAGAUUGGUACGAAAUACGCCUCAACACUGACCUUUCCCUCCAAGAACGAGUCUCCUGUGUCCGUCGCAAUAAAAGAACUGGAGGAAUUUGCUGCCCAACCACUAAUAAGCGACUACAAGAUCAAAAUACUCUGUCUGCAGUAUCAAGGAUUAAAAGAGUUCCAGUGGGGAGCCCAGGCUUACAAAAUGUGCCGAGAGGGAGCCCACCUUUAUCCAUAUGCCCUGGCCUGCUUGAAAUUGAUCAAUUCUAAAUCCUCCCCGGAUUCUCGUACCCGUUGGGAAGCACUUGGGGAUAAAUUGGGCAAUUACAGUGAUGAACUUGCACUUUUUUGCUACAACCAAUGCAAUUUUUCGCACAACCAGUGGACGAAGAAGGCCAUGUUGUAUGAUGACUUGGCGUCGCAAUGGAACAAGAAGACAUACUUUCAGAUUUCAUAUCAUUGCAUUGAACGUGGACUGGAAAGACAGCCUCGUUCUCAGCACCUCAACAUUGUGGAUCAAUAUUUUAAAGAAAACCGUCAUCGUUUGGCUUUGUACACACUGAAAGCUUCCUCAGUACCGCUGGAGGUGGUUCUGGACUUGCUGCAUAGCUGGUACAACAAGGUGACCAAGGACUAUGGGAUAGUCAUUGCCAUCAUGAAAUAUAUCCAGAUCAGAGUCGCCCCAAGCGUGAUAACGGGGUUUCCAAACAGCGACCCUGUACUAAACCUUGUUAAGCAAUUAAGUCAGCUUCCUUCGACCUCCGUGGACAGAUUGAUUCGAGAGAAAAUAAACAACAUUUACCAGGUGGACGAAUUUCUAAUUCCGCUCGCUCUCAUCAAGUAUAAGCGUGCGCAGUCUUCGUGGGACGAGUUGGAGGAGAUAGCGAAUGCGAUGGGUUGUCGCCAUGCGGCCCGAGUAUUUUCGAAACUGGAUGACAUUGAUUUGUCCGGAAGAAGAUUGAAUAUGAAUGAUUCUAGAUUGGAUAUAGAAAUAGUCUCAUUCAUCGAGGAAAUUGAUUAAAGUAACAAAUUUCU